UGUGUCGGACACCGAGAGCUGGCUGCAUUGAGUUGCAAGAUCUAUACAUGUAGGUGUCAGUGUAUAAGGCCACCCUAUAGCUCUGGCGUGUAGAGAGGUGUGCUGCCGACGAAUCGACGAUGAUACGCCGAGGAGGGUGCAGGGAGGAGGUUCGAUUUUGCGCGGACGGGUCGGCGCGCUGAUAUUCGAACUUUCUUUGUUUGGGAUAUGAUGAUAUGAUGAUGGGCAGUUGGCUCUGACGGAUUGGAUCUGUUACUACUGCUAGACGAGUGUUAGUAUAUAGUAUUUAAUUAUGUAAUGCGAGUUAUGAAAUUGAGCGUUUUACUCGCGCGCAUUAAGCUCGAAGCCCUUAAAGUAAAGCAUAUGCAGCUCUUUUCUAUCUAUAAGGGCGUGAAGUUGUAACGAGCUGUCAUCGUCGUCCUAAACCUUGCUCUUUAAUCUUACGUUCUUGUUUUAGUGUAAGCUGCUGUGUGCAAUUUUAUAAACAAACUAAAGAUUAAAUUAACCAUUAUACUUGAAUUUAUUUGAAAAUUAGAUCGUUUGAAUAUAGCAUGAGGCUGUAAAUUUUACAUUUUAUUGCUACGAACGGGAAGUACUCAAGUCGUAUACACGUGUAAAAGCUAAACAUAUAUGAAGCAAGCGGUAAAACACCCAACUCGUUCUAACUACCUUUAUGUCCACUUAAAGUCCUAGUUAUUUAGAAAAGUGCUAUGUACAUGGAAAAACUUUUAGAAAAAAUUAGAAAAAAAAGCUAUUAGAAGUUUAGAGUUGAUGCUAAUGGAAUUAUUGUCAACAUUUUACAUGUAAACUGCCAGAGUUUGAAAAAUUACCCGAUUCCCGCCACUCGGCGUGACCUGAAGUCAAAUGCGCACCGUUUGUGUACGUUAACGUUCGUGUGGUUGAUAGAAUUGGUUUCGCCGGAAAAGUGUACUGUCAUCCACAACCUGCAAAAGAGCUUGUUUAACAUCACUUUUCCAAGCUAUCAGCGUUAAAAUGGCACUCGUCGAAAGAGAUCCUUCAAGGAACUUGCCCGAUUACGAUACUCAAGUUCCCAGACAGCAGCAUUUCAGUCCAUACGCCGACAACGGAGGAUCUGUCGUAGCUCUUGCAGGAGAUGACUUCAGUUUAAUAGCAGCUGACUCACGUCUCAGCGCUGGUUUCUCCAUUUACACGCGUAAACAACAGAAACUGUUCACCCUUUCGGAGACAUCAGUCUUGGGUUGCUCAGGAUGUUGGUGCGACAUUCUAACCCUUACUAGAGUGAUGGCUGCUCGCAUGCAGAUGUACAAGCAUGAGCACCACAAAACCAUGUCCACUCCGGCAGCUGCACAAAUGCUCUCAACAAUGCUGUACUACAAAAGAUUUUUCCCUUACUACAUCAAUAACAUCUUGGCUGGUUUGGAUGAAGAAGGCAAGGGUGUUAUUUACAGAUAUGACCCAGUUGGCCACUGCGAAAAGAAUACUUAUGUAGCAGGUGGAUCUGCUGGAGCAUUGCUGCAACCGUUGUUGGAUAAUCAGGUUGGCUAUCUCAAUCAAGAAAAUGUAGAAAAAAUUCCAUUGACCAAGGAAAAGGCUUUGUCUAUUGUGAAAGAUGUGUUCAUCUCUGCUGCUGAAAGAGACAUUUACACUGGUGAUGGAAUUAAUAUUAAAAUUAUUACUAAGGAUGGCAUUGUAGACGAGACUUUCGAUUUGAGGAGAGAUUAAUUCUAUUCAAUAGCUCUUUUUGUACAGCAAGCCUGUUUUCAACUAAAUGAAUUGUACUUUAUACUGAAAUAUAAGUUUUUUUCUUUAAUAUA